AUGGGUGGUCAGCCCCAGGACUCAAAAGCAGAAACUGAGGAGAACAAAUCCAAUUACCCAAAUGAGGAGGGUGAACACGACAAGAAAUCUCCUGGAGAGCAGGUUAAAGAGGAAAAAUCUAAAGACCUGAAGGAACAGAAUGCAGAUAAUACCCAGCCAUCAUUAAAAACAUUAGAUCUGCAGGAAGAUAAAGAACCCUCAGCAUUAUAUUCCUCUAGUUCAUGGGAAAAAGAAACAUCAGAUUGGAAGGAUGAUCUAUCUAGCUUUCUUACUCCCGAGAAAAGCACAACUAUUUUUUCCUCCCUCAUUUCAGAGCAUACUGACACUGAUGAUCUAAAGACAUCAACUUGGACUGAAUCCCAAUUGGUGAAUCCAGAGUUGCAGUCUGAAGUUGAAUCUGUUCCUGUAUGCAUAUGGAAGAAGCCUACAGAAUGGAAGGAAGAGGAACGCCGUUUUUCUAUCCCAGCACGCAAGCCUUCCUUCCACAACCGCUGCGGCUGCAGUACAACUGAACGAUUGAUCAAGCACAGCCCACUGCAUCUUCCCAAAGCACCAUUUCACAAAAGCAUUAUGUGGAGAAAUCAAAGACCACUAUUCAGAGGACAUGAGAUCUGCUCACCAGAGAAAGGACUAUUGAAGAAUGUGAAAAGGAAGAAAGACUACAGGGCACUUACCAAAGCUCAGAUGCUUAGGAUGCUUUCCUCCAAAGGAAGCAACAGGCAAAGUAAAGCUAUGUACAAUCUCUACACAACAUUCUGUGAUGAGGGAGAGCACUUUGACCCAUGUCUUCUCCAUGGAGCAAAAGGACUCUCCAGGGCUUGCACCAUUUUUACUGCCAUCAGAAGGGGAAGAAUUCACAUCAACUAUCUCCUCCUUACCUUACACACUUUGGGUAUCCUCCUGUCCAAAGAUCAGAUGUUUCAAAUUCUCCAGUUUAUCCCUAUUGAUGCGUAUGGCAGUCUGGAUUUUUAUGACUUUUUGGAUGUUGCACGUAACACCUUGCUCUACAUUGAUCUUGAGGCUUUUGAAAAUGUUCAGAGGAUUUUCCGAACCAUUAAAAAGGAUAUGAUAGCCAUUGAAGAAUUGGAGCCAAUUUUAGCAUGCUUGGGGGUCAGCCUUAGUCCCCUAAUUAUACAGCAAACACUAGAACACACUACAAUUACCAAGGAUGGGAAAUUGAACAUCUCAGAAUUUCUGUCAUCUGUGAGAGGAUUAUUAAGUCAACACAUGCAUGAGUAUGGUAUUUUGGAUGGAGAAUCUUGUCAAGACUUUCCUACUAUGGAUGACUCUGAAGUAGAAAGGAGAAGAAAUAUUUUGCUUGAUAAGGGGAUACCACUUUGUUAUGCUCACUUGAUUGGAUUAUAUGAACCAGAUGAAGAGAUCACUAUUGACAGCCUAGAGAAGAAAGCAAAUAAAUUUCAGAAACCUGUUGGGCUAAAGCAAACCAACAAAGCAACAACUGCAGUUUCCAUGGAUGAAAAGGACAAAAAAGACCAAAGCACAGAGUGGCCAAAGAUUAGAUCAAAAUAUGGCUAUACAAGUCAUGACACACUGUUUCCAUUAAGUUCCACUCUCCCACUUGGAGAAAGUAAACUAAUGGCUACACAGUCAAAGACAAGAUGGCCAUUGAAAAAGCCCCCCAUACUACCUGAUCUUUCUUUAGUUCCUCAUGCAAGCCUUAGUAGUGAAAGUAUAAAGCAGAAAAAGAAGAAGAAAAAGAAGAAACUUUCCUUCCAAGAUGAUAUCCCAGCUAGGCAUGAUGAAGACAAACAAGAACUUGAUGAAGACAAACAGGAAAUCGAAGCUAAGAGAGAUGAAAGUGAAGAUAUGGGACAUUUAGAAGAUCUAUCAUUUCAGGAAGGGAUUGAACUGGAGCCACACGAUCCUUUAUCAUCAGCCUCACUGCCUUUUAAUGACACCUUACAGAAUAUGUUUGAUGUCAUCCAAAUGCUUCUGGAAGAUAGCAUCAAAAGUCAUGAUCUGUGCUCCACCCUGAACAAACUGGGAAUCGGCAUGAGUGACACAGAAUUCCAGGAAAUGCUGCAGAAUGCAGAUGUGGCAGAAGACGGGACAGUAAAUUUCAACAGCUUCAUAUCCUUAAUGGAGAAAAUGUAUUUCUUAAGUGAAUUUGCAAUUUUGAAACGUACCAUUCAAGCCCUUGACAAGAUAGAAGAAGACAAGAUGGUUCUGCAUGAUCUUCCUUUCUUUAUUAGAAAUAUGGGUAUCCAGCUGCAUGAAAAUGAAUUAGAAGAAGCCCUAAAACAGGUUGCUAUUGACGGUAAAGGAAAGAUAAUUGUGAAAGACUUCAUUGAAAUUCUUACCCGCAACCCCCAAUUUAAAGAACUGUCAGUGUUGAAAGAUACUAUUCAAGCAAUCAACAAUAUUAAAGAGAACAAAGUUUCUCUGAAGGACCUCAAAACCACCCUCCAGAAUAUGGGCAUUUAUUUGUACCCACAGGAGUUUGAGGAUCUAAUUCAGAUGAUUGCAGCUGACAGAGAAGGAAAAGUUGAUAUUGGGCAAGUCAUAAAGAAGAUUUUCAAACUAAAACGCUUUUCAGACAUUGAAGUUCUGAAUUAUAUCAUUGAGAUCAUUGACCAAUUCAAGGAAACAGAGUUGAAUGUUUCUGAAGUGGAGAACUCCUUCAAUAAUAUUGGAAUUCAUUUAACCAAGUCAGAAUUAAUGCAGGUCACUGAGACUUUGUCAGAUUCUGCUGGUGAGACCGUGGAUGUUAAAGAACUGAUGUCAGCUAUGAAUGAAACUAGACGAUUUAAAAAUUAUACUGCUGUGCUUGACUGCGUCCUAGCUCUCAGGUUGAUUAAGGAACACCAAGCAGCACGACUGAAGCUUGAAACAGAAACUCUCAGAACUAUAGACCUGCCCAUGGCUAACCAGGUGAUUGGCCAAGCACUAAGGUCAGCAAACAUAACAGAAACUGGGCAGGCAAAAUUUAAUAACUUCUUGAGGAUAUUGAUGAGGAAUCCACAACUUAAAACUUCUGCAGCUUUGGAAGUUGGUUUUGAUAUUCUGGCCAAAAUGAAAAACGAAAGGAUUGAAUUCACAGGGUUGCAGAUGCUUAUGCAGAGCUUCAAUAUCAACUUGCCAACAGAGGAUAUGUCAGAGGCAUUGGCCUUUUGCAAUGUUGAUGAUAACAAUACAUUAAAUCUAAAAGAGUUCAUCAGGAAUGUGAUCUAUACUGAUACUUUUGUUACUAGGCCAGAACUGCAGCUCAUCUGCUUGGCCUUGAGCAAAUUCGAAGAUGACCACUUCGAUCUCCAGACUCUUCAAUCCAGCCUGGACACUAUGGAACUUUUUAGGGCCAAUGAAUUAUUGAAGGAAGUGAUGAACAUAGCCAGAGUUGACAGUUAUGGCAAAGUUAAUUUAGAAGAACUCAUAAGAGUUUUAACUGUAAUACCAGAGAUUCCAGAAGCAACCGAAUGUGCAACUGAAUAUCAUAUUGCUACAAAUAUUUCUUUGGUAGUGCUGAUGGAUACCCUUGAUGCAAUGCAUAAUACCAUAGACCAGGAGAUUAAUAUCAAUGAUCUAGCAAAAACCUUGACCACCAUGGGUAUCAACCUGACACCGGAUGAAAUGCAAUCACUAUGCAACUCAGUAACCAUCACUGGUGAGAUUAGUACUUAUUUCAAUUUCAAUAUUCCAGCAUACGAUGGGGCACUGAAUUUUAAUGAUAUUAUGAAAGAAAUAAUCGGAACAGAGUCCUUUGUAGAAAUUCAUGCUUUACAGAAUACUUUCCAUACUAUCCACAAGAUUGUAAAAGAGGACAUUACAAAGGAAGAUUUGCUGGAUGCCCUAGAAUACUUAGGCAGUCACCUGACACCCGAUGAUCUGCAAGAGGUUCUAGCAUUUGCUUCCAGUGAUGAAUCAGGGAAAGUGCAUGGGAUGGAAUUCCUCAAGAUUUUGUCUAGUCCCACCAGCAUUUCUGACAUCAGAGCAUUGCAGAAUGCCACAAAGAUUUUUGAAAAUCCCAAUGAAGAGAAGAUGACUAUCAAACAGCUGGAAGAUACUCUAGAGAAUAUGGGAGUAGAUUUACCUAGUUCAAGAUUCAAUGAGAUAAUUCAAGCUCUCAACACUGAUGAAAAUGAUGAAAUAGAUUUCAAAGAGUUUUUGCUAGCACUGGGUGAAACAAAAGAUUUUACUGAAAUGGAAGCUUUACAGCAUGUCAUUACCAUUGUUGAUAAAAUGCAUGGUGACCAGCUACAUAUAAAUGAACUGCAGGACACUAUAGGCAAGUUGGGUCUUCAUUUGACCAAGGAAAAAAUCCAAGAAAUUUUUCAUGGUAUCGAUGUGGAUGCUGAUGGGACCAUAAAUCUAAAAGACUUUCUGAUGACUCUUCCUAAGAUGCAUUACUUCAGGGACUCUUUAGUAUUUCAAUCUGCUGUUGUGGCCUUCAGCAAGAUAAAGGAUGGGACUGUUGAUCCUGGAGAAUUGGAGUCCAUUUUAGACUUACUGGGAGUUAAGUUGGACACCACAGAGCUCCAAAAUGCAUUAAAGGGUACUUCCAUACCUGGAACUGGAAAGUUCGGUUUCAAGGACUUCUUAGUCAAUGUGACAACAAAUGAACGCUUUUCUGAAAACUCACUUCAUGGCACCUAUAGCAUUCUCUGCAGAAUGAAUAGAGAUAACGUUGAGAUUUUUCAAAUGAAAGAUCUGCUGGCUGCUAUUGGCAUCACCUUAACCAAGGAGGACAUGAUGGAGGCACUGAAGAACAUGACAGUAGAUAGUAAUGGGAUGGUGAAUUUGAAAGAAUUUAUGAAGAUGUUAUUACUCACACAGCGAUACUCUUCAGCUGGAGACAUGGAAAAAGCAGUGAAAACACUGAAGAGCAUCAGACAAGAUAAAAUAGAAUAUGAAGAGUUGGAUUCCAUCAUGUGUGCUCUGGGCCUUCAGUUAUCUCAAGAUGAAAUCCAGAAAGCUCUGAAAUAUGUUACCACAAACGCUGAUGGGACACUGAGUAUAAAAGAUUUUAUGUUUGCAUUGACCAACAAUCGAAGAUUUUCUGAAGCUGAUAGAAAUAGGAUUCCCAUUAAAAAUCUGAAUUCCAUUUUGAAAAGCAUGGGGAUUUUUUUAACAGAGGAGGAAACAAAGAAAGCCCUUGAGCAAGUUACAGUUGAUGAUGGAAUGGUAAACCUGAAUGAAUUCACAAGGAAUCUUAGAGUCUUGCAGGAGUUACCUCAACCUAAUGAAAAUGAAAAGGUGAAGAUGAAUGAACUAAUUGAAAGUGUGGCUAAGACCCAGAGACAAUCCCAAGUAGGGAUGGAUUGGAUUUAUGUCAAUAAUCUGGAUAAUGCCCUAAUCGAUAUGGGCAUUUACCUAACAGAUGAUGAAAUCAAGGAAGUUCUGAAUUCUACAGCUCCAGAUGGGAGUGAAGCUGGCAUCUUUUUUGCCCUCACCUACCUGUGUACAUUCCUACUUCAGGAAAAAAAUAGAGGGUCAAAGAAUAUGUGCAAACAAGAAGCAAAUGAGACAGUUGAUGCAUUUGUCACAGUGCUGUAUGCAUUAGCAGAACACUGUAACUAUGGAGCACUACAUGACGAGCUCAUCAGAGACAGGAUUGUAGUAGGCUUGGUCGAUACACGGCUAUCAGAACACAUGCAAAUGGGAAAAGACCUAGACCUGGAUAAAGCUAUUAAUAUGGCAAGACAAUCAGAGGAGAUUUUAAAAAAGCAAACCACAUUGAGAAGUGAUGCUAGUGCUGUAAACCUAAAGGAUGUGAACUCUUUGGACAGACUGUUUAAAGGCAGGCAUCAGAAAGAAAAGCAAAAAUUCAGCAGAGCAAAGAAUGAUGGAGCAAAGCCUCAAAGCAGGCAGAACCAAAACACUAAAGGCCCCCAGUGUCAUAAAUGCGAUGGCAUGCUUCACCCUAGACAGGAAUGUCCUGCUAAGGAUGUUAAAUGCCAUACAUGUGGGAAAAAGGGUCACUAUCAAUGUGAAUGUUUUGCAAGCAAGGCUGUGCAUGGCAUUGAGGAAGAGGAGAGAAGCUUCUUUCUCAGCUCUGUGACAUCACAUGCUGAUCCAUGGACUGUGGAAAUCAGAAUGAUAGAUAAAGACAUCACGUUCAAGUUGGAUACCGGAGCAGAUGUCACUGUUGUUUCACAGAAGAAUUUUGCCAACAUUUUCCGACACGGGUGCCAGUGCUGCAAAAAGCAGAGAGAACUCUACUGGGUCCAGGGAGAAUUCCACUGGAAAGCCUACGAACUGGUGCGCAGGCAUGGUAGUGUGCCCAAGAAGGACAGCAAAAAGGUGCAUUUGUGUGUGGACCUGACCGGCUUGAACAAGUAUGUAUGUCGUGAAAAAUUCAUUUUACCAUCAGUAGAACAGAGUCUUGGAACACUGGCUGGUAUUAAAAUGUUCAGUAAAUUAGACGCCAACCUGGGGUUUUGGCAGAUACCCCUCACCAAGGAUUCAGCAAAGUAUACCACAUUCAUUACACCCUUUGGGCGGUUCCACUUUAACCAUCUUCCAUUUGGCAUUGCCUCAGCCCCCGAACAUUUCCAAUGUAUGAUGGCGGAAGUUACACAGGGGCUGGAAGGUAUAGUUUGCCACAUUGAUGAUCUACUGGUAUGGGGACGGGACCAAGAAGAACAUGACAAUCGACUCCAUGCAGUGCUAAAAAAACUGGAAAAGGCGGGAAUCACUCUGAAUGUGGAUAAGUGUGAGCUCUCCAGGAGUGAGGUGGUCUUUUGGGGUCACAUCAUCUCUGAUGCAGGGAGAGGACCUGACCCAAGGAAAACAGAGGCUAUCAGAGCUAUUUAG